GUUUUUGAAUCAAAUGAAGAAUCAGGCCAUCUUAUCCUUACCGUUGUUGUAUCUGGCCAUUUCUUUAUUUCCCAAGGGCGAACAGUACUGGAAGGCUUUUCAUUAAUUGAUUCCCACAAGUGGCUCAAGAUAGUAAGAAGAGCAGACUGCCUGCUGCUUCGUGCACAGUCAAAGCAGAAUGAAUGCCGCAUGUUUCGCGUUCAGUUUGGUGGAGAUUCAAAAGAACAGAUGCUGGAACACUGCUGCAAUUGCGUUCAGAAACUUGCAGAGUAUGUACCGGUUCAAGUAACUGAUGAACAAAGCCAGCAGGUCUAUCACAGUCUCAGUCAGCUGGCUAAUAGUGAAAACCAAGUGAAGGACUCGGAACAAAAUGCAUCAGUACCACAGACCCCAGAUGAACCUCUACCAGAUUCCUGCCUUGGAGAAAGAAGAUCUGUAACACAGCUAGCACAGUCUGUGCUGAAGAAGUCUGAGCUCCCCCUUGUGUAUCGGCAUUCAGUGUGGCACGCACGGGAGCUGGGGCCCUUCAUUCGCUUAUGUCUUAUGGAUCAGAAUUUCCCAGCUUUUGUGGAAGAUGUGGAAAAGGAAUUGAAAAAACUCGCAGAAGGUUGA